AUGGAGACAGCCGAGUUACUCAAAAAGUUGAACGCCGAGCGAGACGCAUAUCUGACUACCCUCGAACAACUUCAUGACGCCCUACGCCAGGCUGUCACCGCAGGUUCAAUUCCGUCGCUUGCGCCGACGUCAACCUUGCUUGGUUCACCCACCUUAGCACCGUCGUCGCCACGAGCCCAUAGAUUGCCCCGUCUCUCCGUGAGCAAUGGGGAUGGCAUCUCGAUCAAUCCGUCGCAGAAGACGUCUUUCAUUUCAGGAGAUGCAUCGUCGGAUUCGGAAGACGACGAGGCUCUGUUCGUGCAGGAUCCCCUUGCAAAAUCCUCCCUGAGUGAUGAAGAGUUACGAACGCACAUGGUAUCAUAUCCCUGGGACGAGUACUCGACCGCCAUACUGAAGAGUUGUUUCACGAGGACUGGCCGCUUGAAGCAUGGAGCUGUUGCAGGCUCAACGCUCUUCCCACCAGGCCAGAGACCGGGAGAGGAAGGCGCCCAUUAUUCUCUGUACCAAGUGUUUGAUGUUGGAAAUGACGGGACGCCUUUACCUCUUCAUGGCCCAAAUGCUGCUUUCAAAGACGUCCCGAAGGACCAGAUUGUCUGGCGUUUGAUAAAGGAUAUCAACAUGGACGACUCGAGGCUGAGAAAAGCUGUUGGUAGAAUCACGAUCCUUCGAGAGCCAUCACCAAUCGUUUUCGGAGCCGUUCAUUUGGCGAUGAGUAAUGUGUUCGAUAUGGAUGAGAUAUUCAAGCACCUAGUCUUGCAAGAAACUACUACUGCAUACAUGAUGAAGCGUGCUUACCAUAAGGAUCCCAUUAAACAAAAGUCAUUUAUCUUUUCCUUUGAAUUCUUCACCAUAAUAGGUGAUGAUUGCAAACCAAUGUCAUGGCAACAGUCUGACCGCGAAAAGGACCGUCCGGAUGGGCACAUCGCAAUCACACGUUGUUCCUCGAUAGUUGCUCUUGCGCUGGUUGGGGACCCAAUCAAGAAACUCCGAAAUAGUGCAAGAAGAGCCAAGACGCAAUAUGGCUAUGUAUAUAGCCCAUGGAGUCCGUGGCACGUAUUGAAUAUCGAAUGCUACCCGGAUUGGAAAAGUAACACCGGAAGUCAUGAUGCCACGAAACAUUAUGUUAACGGCCCUGAGGCAUUCUUGCAUACAUUAUUGGUAGAGAUUAAGGACGCUGAAAAGAGGUUCGACGAGAUCUGUCAGCGGAUUGGAAAACUUAUCACCCCACCCGCAGACUUUAUGUUUAAUGGCGAUCUAAGGGAUCGGUUACUCUUCGAAGAUGCGGCUUUCACUUAUUCGAGGCGCUAUUUUUGGGCUUUCCAGACCCUCGGAACCAUGAAUCAAUCCAUCAAAGCGAUCAUCGAUGCAUACGAAGAUACAUUUACCGAUUCCGUCUGGUCUGGUCAACAUCCGACCCUCUGGCCUCUCUCUGACGACACUUCCGCUCGAAACAUUUAUUUUAAGAAGCGUAUGGCAUCUCUCCGUAAGGACUUUACGGUUGAGAUAAAACGUCUCAAGAAUCUCAUCUCUGAAAACGAUGUAAUGCGUAAAGAAAUUCGUGAUCUUCGAGACAACCUAUUCUCCGGAACGAGCGUGCUUGAAAGCCGUAAAAGUGUAGAAAUGGCUGAGAUAACAGUGAACCAAGGAAUCAAUAUUCGUCUCCUGACUCUGGUCAACAUCUUCUUUCUGCCGCUAACCUUCGUAACGUCGGUAUUUGGAAUGACGAAUAUGUCGACAGAACCUCACUUUUGGCCUUUCGGCGUGGUUCUCGCCUCAGUCUGCCUACCAUGUUUCCUUCUCGUUGGAUCCAUGAAUACGUAUGCUGGGAUGAGAUUCUGGCGCAACACGGCCAAGACCGUGUCAUCGUACUUGCACUGGAAGAGACGUACAAGACGGAUCGAGCGAAGCGAGAGUCUGACCUCCGAAUCCGAAGCUGAGCCAGAUAUUGUAAAACGGAAGGGACGACCAAACAAGAUUGAAGGCACAGGCAGAAGUAUGAGUGCAAGGGAAGGCAUGAUACAGCGGAGUGGCCAGUUCGUCACUUCCCCUGGUUUGGAACCCCGCCAACCAAGGACACCGAGUCCCAGACGCGCGAUAUCGUUCGCGUUCGCAACUAAUUUAGAAACAAGACCACGACCGCCGGAGAGAACGAAAACCGGAGAUGAAAGACUUACUGAUGUCAAAGCUCCGAUACCGCAAGGGAUAAGCGUGGGCAAUCAAGAGCUUACUGAUGUCAAAAUGCCUUUGCCAGAGAGCGAGAUCAACCAACGUACAAGACCAAAUGAUGCUCUGCAUAACGAUGUUGGGAAACCGCAAGCGUCACUUUGGGGAAGACUUAAGGGCAAGAAUAAUGGGAAGGUUGUAAAUAAAGGCAGUACUGUUUGA